CACCGCCCCUUGACGGCAUGAGGCGGGAGUCUCACACCACAACACAACUGGUGGGAGUUGUUGCUCCUGGGCCUUGCUGACGGAAUUGUUGUCAAUUUUAACCGUUUCUACUGAAUUAACUACCAGUCAUUCUUUAUUUCAGAUUUCAAGGUUUACACUUCUGAAACACUGAGAACAGCUUGUCACCAUGGGGCUGAAGCGACAGAAGUCUCCUGUCCGAUCAGAUCCUGACCUUAUGAAAGAGGUUCAGAAGCAGUUGAGACUGAACCUACGCCUUUGGGGAACUACCAAGGAAGCUGGUAAAAGGCUAAAAUCUUUGUAUAGUGAGGAAGCGCAGCACCUGAAGGACCUCAUGACCCGAACACUCACCCUGGGAGAGAGCAACUCAGCCCUUGUACUUGCUGCAAGGGGCAUGGGCAAAUCAUCUCUGGUAAAUACUGUAAUAGAGAAGCUGGAGGCUUCAGGCACACUGGGUGAGGGAGUGGUUGUCAGACUGUCGGGACUCCUGCAGACAGAUGACAGGCUGGCCCUCAAAGAGAUAACCUGCCAGCUGAAACUGGAGAAUGCAACUGCUAAUAAAGUGUUUGGUUCUUUUGCUGAAAAUUUAGCCUUUCUUUUGGAAUCUCUCCGCUGUGGAAGUAAAGAAACAUCCAAACCUGUCAUAUUUAUCUUGGAUGAAUUUGAUCUGUUCUGCCAUCAUCGCAACCAAACACUUCUGUACAACCUCUUUGAUGUUGCCCAGUCUGCACAGGCACCAAUCUGCGUGUUGGGUCUGACUUGUCGUCUGGAUGUAAUAGAGCUCCUGGAGAAGAGAGUAAAGUCACGCUUCUCCCACCGCCAGAUCCACCUCUUUCCAGAAGACAAAUUUGACCCUCAUUACCUGAACAUCUUCGAACAGUUACUGGAGCUACCAGAUUCAUUCCCAUCUAAGGAUUUCUCUAGAAAAUGGAACUCAGAUGUGGCAGUAUUGUUGAAAGACAGUGAGGUUAUUCAAGUACUAAAGAGACUGCACAAUACCACCAAAGAUGUCAGAGCUUUGAAAACCCUAUUGUUACUGUGUGUUAGUCAACUGAGCAGUGACCAACCCCAGAUGACUGGCCACAUGUUCAUGCGAGCUCAGUCAUUGUUUGCUUCAGAGGCGAAGACCAACAUGUUGCAGGGAAUCUCUGUUCUCCAGCUUUGUCUGAUUAUAGCCAUGAAGCAUUUGACAACAAUCUAUGAAGGGGAACCAUUUAAUUUUGAAAUGGUGUUUCAUGAAUACCGAAAGUUCAGUCGGCAGAGGUCAACGAUGCAGAGUUUUGAGCGACCGGUUGUAUUCAAGGCUUUUGAUCAGUUGAAGUGCCUGGAACUGGUGCGAUCAGUGGACAAUAACCGGGGAACCCAGCGUGAGUACCAGCUGGUCCAACUGAUGAUGACACCACUCCAGGUGACAGAGGCAUUGGGCCAGCUUCCAGGCAUACCAACUGAUAUUCAACAGUGGGCUGCAUCUUCACUGGGAUAAGAUUAGUUUAGAAGUAUUAGAAAAGUAUUCAUAGGCUUGGAAUCUCACGGGGUCUUGGCUGUUACCACUGUCUGUUUGGCUGUGAUGCCUCUUUCAAAAUAACAUCAUCUCUCUCACUUACAGUCAUUGUGACCCUGAUGUGUUUUGACGUAAGUGACUUUUACACAAAUUUCCAAGUCUUUAUUCUUUCCAGCACAGUAGUUAUUUUAUAUUCUAUUUCUGUAAAGUUUUGAUAUUGGUAGAACUUUGAUACAGUAUUUAUAUAGUUUCAAGUGUAAAAUAAAUGACUUGAAAAAUCUGAA